GCGAUGUUGACCCGAGGUGACGGAGAGCGCAUUUCCGGUGUUUGAUCGCUUGCAGGCAGGCUGUCUUGCUAAACAAAGCAGCGAAUUACACAAGUAAUAUGGCUUUGUAGAUUGUUGAAAAUGGGAAAGAAGCAUAAAAAGCACAAGUCGGAGUGGAGAACGGUUGAUGGCUAUGAGGACAAACCUCUGGACAAGCCCCUGAAGCUUGUUCUGAAAGUGGGCGGGAGCGAGGUGACGGAGCUGUCAGGCUCGGGACACGACUCCAGCUACUACGACGACAGAUCUGACCACGAGCGGGAACGGCACAAAGACAAGAAGAAAAAGAAGAAGAAAAAGUCUGAAAAGGAGAAAGACAAACACGCAGACGAUGAGGAGAGGCGGAGAAGAAAGGAGGAAAAGAAGAAGAAACGAGAGAGGGAGCAAUGCGAUACAGAGGGAGAGGAAGAAAAAAAGCGCAAACGAGAGAAGGAGGUCUGCGACACGGAGGGAGAGGUGGACGACUUUGAUCCUGGGGUUAAGGUGGAGGUGGAGCACCAGGCAGACAGGCCUGUCCGAGCAUGCAGGACUCAGCAGGAAAACGAGUGCACGCCUCGACAGCAGCUGCUGGAGCACUUCCUGCGUCAGCUCCAGAGGAAAGAUCCUCAUGGGUUCUUUGCCUUCCCGGUCACAGACGCUAUUGCCCCUGGCUAUUCAAUGAUCAUUAAGCAUCCCAUGGAUUUCAGCACAAUGAAGUACAAGAUCACAACCAAUGAGUAUAAAACAGUUACAGAAUUUAAGGCUGAUUUCAAACUGAUGUGCGAAAAUGCAAUGGUGUACAACCGACCAGAAACGGUGUAUUACAAAGCAGCAAAGAAGUUGCUUCAUACGGGAUUUAAGAUGAUGAGCAAAGAGCGGCUUUUAGCUUUGAAGCGCAGCAUGUCGUUCAUGCAGGACAUGGAUUUUUCUCAGCAGGCUGCGAUUUUAGGAGAUGAAGACAUAGCGACAGAAGAGCCCGUGCUUGAGGUCAUCCCUGUUGUUGUUGAAUCGACAAAGAAAUCAAAGAAACCUGUGAAAGACAUGAAAGAUGGCAUAAGUUAUUUCUAUGAACCUGAAGGCAAUGCGUGCAGUUUGACAGACAGCACAGCUGAAGAGCACGUCCUGGCCUUAGUGGAACAUGCAGCUGACGAAGCCCGAGACCGAAUCAGCAGAUACAUGCCUCAUUCCAAGAUGGGGUAUCUGAGAAAGGAGGCUGAAGGCUCUCUUGUGUACACAGUAGUCAACCCUUCAGACACAGAAGCAGAAGAGGAGGAAACGCAUCCUGUGGAUUUAAGUUCCUUAUCGAACAAGCUCUUACCUGGUUUAACUACUUUGGGCUUCAAAGAUGAUAGAAGACUCAAAGUGACAUACCUGAACAGUGCUUAUAACACCCAAUCUUUGCAAAACAACACAGUCUUCCCAGACCUCAGACCAGAUGAAAUGGACCUUUUGUAUUCUGUGUAUGGGGAUGAUACUGGUGUACAGUGCGCCUUGAGCCUUCAGGAGUUUGUAAAAGGUUGUGGCAGCUUUACAAAGAAGAUAGUCGAUGGCUUGCUGGAUCAGAUGACUGGAGGUGACCAUUCAAAAGCCAUGUAUCAAAUCCGACAGAAACGAAACAUUGCCAUGAAACCUCCGGAUGAGACCAAAACUAGUUUAUGUGAUAUUCAGUUAGGAGAAGGAGGCAGCUUGUCUGGUGGUGAAAACAGCUCUGUUCUGGAUUUUAUGAAGUCCUACUCUGACAUGUCCCUGGAUAUGUCGAUGCUAAACAACAUAGGCAAAGCAGUGAAGAAGGAGCCAGAGCACGAUGAGGGGCACCUGCACUUCGAUGAGACAGCCAAGCUGCUGCAGGACCUCCACGAGGCACAGAACGACAGGGUGGGCUCUCGGCCCUCCUCCAAUCUCAGCUCGCUGUCCAACACCUCUGAGCGGGAGCAGCAUCAUCUAGGGAGCCCAACUCAUCUGGGUGUUGGAGACCAGCCUGAAAUGGUCCAUGAUCCUUAUGAAUUCCUGCAGUCUCCAGAGCCUGGGUCCACUGCCAACAGCUGAAAGGAAAAGGAUGAAUGGGAAUUUCAAAUGUUAAAAUUCUGUAGAUUUGUAGUAUAUACUUCUGUACAUGUUGACUAUGUUGAAACAAAAAAAUAGCCCAUGUAGUGUACCAGCUUGUUUGAACUAUUGGUUGUGAUUGUACAAAUUCGUGUGUCUCUUUCAAUUAUUAAAUGUUGACCGAAGGUUUUUAUACUGUAUA